UGCGCGCCUCAAGUCUUCCUCUUCGACCCGAAAUAACAUCUUUUGAAGAUGAAGCUAGAGCUGUGCAACUACAGCGGGUAUAAAAUCUACCCUGGCCACGGCAAACGAUAUAUCCGUCUAGAUGGAAAGGUCUUCAAUUUCUUGAACAAGAAGUCUGCAAAUGCUCUUUUGAUGCGUCGCAACCCUCGUAAAGUCCCCUGGACUGUGCUUUACAGACGUAAGCACAAGAAGGGAACACAAGAGGAGAUAUCUAAGAAAAGAACACGCCGUAACGUUAAGUUUCAAAGGUCAAUUCAAGGUGCUACAAUGGAGAAUAUUUUGGCAAAGAGAAAUCAGAAGCCAGAGAUGCGAAAAGCUCAAAGAGAACAGGCAAUUAGAGCAGCCAAAGAAAAGCAGCGAGCUAAGGAUCAACAGAAGAAAGCACUUAAG